AUGGUUCCCCUGCUGAUACCGCUGUUGGGCAGCGUUGCGGCCAAGGCUGGCGAUGCGAUGGUGCGCGAGCUGCUGAGGGCGUGGGGGCUGGACAAGGCCCGCCGGAAGCUGGAGCGCCACCUUGCUGCCGUCCAGUGCAUCCUGCUCGACGCUGAAGACAAGAGUCGCACCAACCCUGCCAUCCGCCAGUGGAUCAAGGACCUCAAGACCGCGGCUUACCAAGCCGAUGACGUCCUUGAUGCCUUCCGCUACGAGGUGCUGCGCCGCCGUGCUGCCCAGAUCCGCAGCCACUCAACCGCACGCAAGGUGUUGAGUUAUUUCAGUGUCAAUAGUCCGAUUGUUUUCCGUCUUUCAAUGAGUGGGAAGAUGAAGGAUGCCCUUAAAAUCAUAGAUGAACUGGUCGCGGAGAUGAACACUUUCCACUUCCUACAAAAUACUGCGGCACCAACCGUUAUUCAUCCGCGAACAAACUCUCAUGUUGAUAACUCAGAGAUUGUUGGCAAAGAAGAUGAGAAGGAACUAGUGGUGAAGAUAUUGCUCGAGCACUCUAACAUCAAUAACGAUAAUGAAGAUAAUACUAUUAUGGUGCUCCCCAUAGUAGGUAUGGGGGGGAUUGAUAGUGAUGUCUGGAAAAAUGAUAUUCUCACAACUAGGAUUGUACCUGCGCUACAACUGAGCUAUGAUCACUUGAAAUCAGAAGAAAAAAUAUGCUUUUCCUUUUGUGCUAUUUUCCCCAAGGGUAGCAUCAUGGAUAAAGACAUGUUAAUCCACCUAUGGAUGGCAAAUGAUUUUGUUCCAUCAGAAACAAGAGGCCAACAAAUUUUUGAUCUACUAGUUUGGAGAUGUUUCAUUCAAGAUGGCGAUAUUCAAAAUAAUCUGCUCUCCGGAUUUCGAGAUGAAUAUAAUGAGUUCAUCUAUAGGCCAACCACUUACAAGAUGCAUGAUCUCAUGCAUGAUCUUGCUGACUCCGUAAGUGGAAAUGAUUGCUCUAUUCUGCAAGAAUCUUCAUAUGGAAAGUAUGGAGCCACUAUGCUCAAGAAGCUGGAAAUGGUGCGGUGCCCAUGGGUAGAGUCGCUACCGGAGGGACUCCUGCAGCAGCUCCCAGCCCUUGAGGAACUAACUAUCAGGGACUGCCACAACCUGGAGGAGGCCUUCUCGGUAGGAGGUGCUUACUGGAAUUUGAUUGAAGCAAUUCCACGUAGAUCAGUUGGCAGAUCAGUGCAAUUCGAGACAGAUAGAUUGGUUGAUCCCAUGCACUGA